AUGGCUCCCCAAACAAUAAACUUCCUUCUCACGUCGUUUCCUGGCUUGCCACUGCCACCCACUCUCUCGUUCGCUCUACCAUCCACCUCAACCGUCGCUGAUGUAGUGGCCAGUAUAUCCUCACGGCUCCCAUCAUCUCUGAGGAGUGUAUCACCUCGCCUUAUCCUCACAACUACCAACAAUAAACAACUUCUUCCCUCUUCAUCGGAAUCCGUCGCUACCCUACUUGAUGACGUGCAGACCACCAAACGAUCUGCGUUCAUCCCUCUUCGACUCAGCGCUGGACUAUGUGGGGGAAAGGGUGGCUUUGGUUCCCAGCUUCGUGCUGCUGGAGGCCGCAUGUCCAGUCGCCGCAAGGGAAACCAGGAAGAGAACAACGGCUCUAACCGCAACCUCGAUGGUCGACGACUACGCACGGUGAAGGAAGCCAAAGCGCUUGCGGAAUACCUUGCGCUGAAGCCUGGUAUGGACAAGAAGGCAAAAGAAGCCAGGAAAAAGCGGUGGCAGGCCGUAGUCGAGGCAGCUGAGAGACGUGAGGCGGAAAUUCGAAAUGGAGGUGGCAAAGGCAAGGUGGAUGGUGUUUGGAUGGAGGACAAGGAGGAAGUUGGCGAGAGGGCAAGAGAGGCUGUCUUGUGCGCGAUGAAGGAAGGGAAAUGGAAAGAUAAUUUGACAGGAGCUGAGAUUCUGGGUGGGUCUAGCACUAGCGCUAGUGACAGCAAUGAGAGUUCCCGGUCGUCUGCAAGUCUAAGCGAUGGAAGUGAUAUGGAGGAUGCCACUGAAACGAGUACUAGAGCGACGGCUGAACCAGGGCUAGCUAAGCCGGCUCCUGUCCGGAGGUAUUUCGGUUUUGACGAAGAGGACGAGGAUGACCUGAUGAGUGACGAGGAAGACGACGAUGAAGCAGAGCAUGAGGAACCCGAAGUUGAAGGAAAGGGAAAGGGAAAGGCAAAGGCUUAA